UCCAGCUAUCUGUUAUGGCUGUUUAUUUACAUCAUUUUCAUUAAGAUUGUUGCUCAUAUAUUUAGAAAUGCACCGUAGAGACAACAAAUUGAUGAAAUGGGAUUCUAUUAAUACGCAUUGAGUACCUUAAGAUGUGUCUAAUUUGAACAAACUUUGAUACUUGCCAAAUUUUGUUCUGCAGAAAUUGGCUUCCUUUAAAUGAAUUUGCCUUGAUUUCUAAUGUGAAAAGUGAAAAUUUGCGUGUGUUUAUGUGCUGCACAAAAUGUUUAUUCCUAUUAGUUUUGCGAGAUGAAAAGUAAAUUAAUUUACUUGGUGUUUGAAUUUGGCACUUCUUUUAUGGAUUGACUACUACAUGUUUGAAUUUGAACUUCUUUUAUGUACUACUGAAAGUAUUUUUAUUAUCGACAACUCUUAUGUGUUUCGGACUAAAAUUCAUUUUCCUUCAAAUUUUUAGAUCAAAAGUGAAUAAAACAAGUUCGGUAUUGCUUCAAAAGGUAGCUUUUCAAUUCCGUUUUAGGCUAAAUCAGAUUAUUUCAUGAUUGUUACUGCUAAUUGGAUAUCCGUCCACGGUUGUGACUUCAUUCUUGUUACCUUCCCUCUCUUGUAAUUGCUUGUUUUCUCCUCGCUUUGUAAAGACGGCCCAUGGUUGUAAGGCUCUUUUCAUUACUUGUUAAUACAUUCCUUCUUGUUCUCUCAAAAUGCUUGGCGUCCUAAGCCAAAGUUCCUUGCUGUCAGUUCUUAAACCAAUGUUUCUUGCUCGUGACUCCAGUUUACAAGUGAUAGCUGACCGUCAUUGUAGAAGUUAGAAUUUCAAAUCCUGGAUCCCGGUAGCAGGUCGCAGGUCUUAACUCCUGGAUUAGAUGUGGAGUAUCAAAGAUAAAUUAUCAACAAGGUUAAUGAAUAUUUGCGUAGCAUCUCUUUGUAAAGCCAAACAAUUGGAGAAAGCUGAAGCUGUAAUAGUUGAUGGCAUAAGAAUUGGAGUACAACCAGAUGUGGUCACUUACAAUACACUGAUUACUGCAUAUUGCCGCUAUAUUGGCAUUGAUGCAGGUUAUUCCAUCCUUUAUAGGAUGAAAGAGGCUGGGAUUAACCCUGAUGUUAUUACGUAUAACUCUUUAAUAGCUGGAGCUACCAGACAUUGCUUGUUAUCUCGAUGUCUCGAUCUGUUUGAAGAAAUGCUUGAGAUGAGUAUUCUUCCUGAUAUUUGGAGUUACAACACAUUAAUGCAUUGCUUCUUUAAAUUGAAUAAGCCAGAUGAGGCGUACAGGGUUUUUCAGGAUAUUCUUUUGAAAGAUAUUUCUGUUCAUCCAGCAACAUACAACAUAUUAAUUAAUGGUCUUUGUAUGAAUGGGUAUACAGAGAAUGCCCUAAUGUUAUUUAGGAGUUUAAAACGUCAUGGAUUUAUUCCCCAAUUAGCAACUUACAACAUUCUUAUUCAUCGGCUGUGCAAGUCAGGACGGGGAAAAGCUGCAAGAGAGUUUCUCAACGAGUUGAUAGAAUCAGGUUAUAUCCCGAAUGCCAUAACUUAUACGACAGUAAUGAAAUGCUGCUUCAGAUGUAGACAAUUUGAAGAAGGCCUUAGGAUCUUUGCAGAGAUGAGAAGGAAAGGAUAUACAUAUGAUGCAUUUGCUUACUGUACAGUUGCAAGUAUGUUACUUAAAACUGGGAAGAUGAAUGAGGCCAAUGAGUACCUGGGCUAUAUAAUUACAAAUGGUUUUGACCUUGAUAUGGUGUCUUUUAAUACCAUUGUUAAUCUAUAUUGUAAAGACGGUCAGCUGGAUAAUGCUUAUAAGUUAUUGUACGAGGCAGAAAAAAAAGGGUUGGAGUCUGACAAGUACACCCACGCUAUCUUGAUUGAUGGCUUGUGCAGGACUGGUAAUUUCAAAGGGGCCCAGCAACAUUUGGACCAAAUGAGCAUGAUGGGUUUUGAUUCUAACUUAGUUGCAUUGAAUUCUUUUAUCAAUGGGUUGUGUAAAGCUGGUCACCUUGAUCAUGCUUUACGGAUGUUUGAAUCAAUGGAUGCCAAAGAUUCUAUAACUUACUCCACUAUGGUGCAUACUUUUUGCAAAGCCAGGAGAUUUCGUGCAGCAUCUAAGCUGCUACUAUCGUGUAUAAGAGGUGGCAUGAGGAUUCUUAAAUCAGAUAAACGUGGUGUUAUUGAUGGACUUCGUUGUUCUGGAUUUUCACAAGAAGCAAGGAAGGUCCAGUCUAAAAUUCGAUUGGCUAAGAUACUGCAAAAUUAAUUAAGGAUGAUGAUCAACUUUGCCAGUGAAGUAUUAGCCUUAUUUAAUUGGCUAAGGUUUUGAAUUAUGACGCUUUAUGGAAGCUGAAAAACCUCAGGGAUCAUGCAACUGAGAAUACAACCUACACUAACCAGCUUUAAGUCAAGUACUCGAUCCUAUUGUAAGAGGCAAACACAGUGACGUUGCUGUCAGGAGGUGUCAAUCAUAUACCUUUCUUCACCCGAAGGAUAAUGCUGACAUGCUGUUAAAACUGUGAAGAGUUAUUAUGUGGAAGUAAAGGCAUGCUUAUUACAGAUGCUAAACAAGUAGGUGCACCAAAACUCAUGCCAGGCUCUGAAUCUGAAAUCAUUAGGCUGUUGCAUUUGGCUGAAGAUAAAUCAAAGGAUUUGAUGAGAGCUACGGUAUAAAUGAAUAUGCAAACUCAGCUACUAGAAAUGGCCAGACUGACCACAACUAUUGCCUGUUGUCGAAUUUAUUGAUAAUUGAUGUUGUGGUAUGCCUGUGAUUAUUUAUGGAUUUUAAUGUGGUUGCACAAUGGGUUACUACUUGAGGAGAAGCUUGCCUAUUGAAGUUUGAAGUUGAGAUUGCACAAUUUCAAAGAUUUGGGACAAGUACGCCAGCUUCUAAAGCUUCUUUUGUCCAACGCCAUGAACUAAAAGUGAAUGAUCAUUAGGAAGUCAUUCUAAGCCCAAUAUAAAGGAUUAUUGGUAUUAAUCAUCGAGAAAUUCAUCAAGGAUGACUUAGCAGAGAUGCCUCAUCCUAUCAGCACACAAAUCAAACAUGCAUUUUGAGGUGGCGAUACAUAAACUGAGAAUGGGAUCUUUUUUAGCACUGCUCUGAAGCCAAAGGAAACCGAAGAGCUGUUGACGUAGCAGAUUACACAAGCAAAGAAAGGGCUAGUCUGAUAUCAAGAAAUCAGUCUCCAGCCAGACCAAGAGUUGAACUUCACAGUCGAAACACUCAAGUUGCUUAUAAGGCUGGCUCAACCAAACUUCUACAAAUAGAUCUUUUAUUACAAAAUCAUAUUACAUUUCCUUUUUUUCUUUUUUCGAAAGAAAGAAUAAUAAUCUCUCUUUUUAUAUAUUAAUCGUUUAUGAUAUGGUUCUUAUUGUUUUC